UGAGAAAAUGCUGUGGAAAAACAAUAUUUAAUAACUGUAACACUAAAUAUAUUAUAAAUCAAUUUAGUGUUAUUUCACAAAAAUAUGAGAAUAUAACAAAAAUUUUCACUUACAAUCAAAUGUUAUCGUCGUGCUAAAGCUCUGGGGAGUAUCGGCAGUGUUCGCCAAUUGUGAUAAAUGCCUCCUUUGUGUUUCUAUCUCACUCGUACAAGCCUGCAACAGACAGAGAAACGACUUGCUAUAUAAUCGCUUUUCUCAGUGGAAAAUCAUCAUUCACGUUAGAGAGCUAUUAGUACGCGCUUCUCGACACCAUGGACAAGUCACACCGUGCAUCCUCAUCCUCAUUCUUAUUGCCAGACAGCCCGCCUCCGGAGAGGGAACUCAACUUCUGGGAGCAACAGCAGAAGCGCCGCAGCACGGCUACAACAUCAGCUGUUGCCUCUGCUGCUGCCGCCACCUCCUCCUCAGCCUCAACCUCAGAUCCCUUGAAGAAACAAGGGAUCUUCGUCCAAGAUGAGGAUUCCAGCAUCAUCGUGGGAGACAGCAGCCCUCUCCCGCAAGCUACUUGGGCACCACGCCGAGCGGCCCUCACAUCGGUACCCGCCCCCAAGCAGUCUGUCAAGAGGAGGCUGUUUUUCGACGACGACGAUGAGGAGCCCGGCAUCCUCACUCAAUCGAAGAAACGUGCGGUGGAAGAGGAUGAGGAGGACAGCUCCAUAAUGACGCUGUUACAGCAGGAGGAGGAUGAAAUUCUCCCCGAGGAGCACUUCCUCACUGUCAUCAAUAGGUAUACCCCGAAACCCUGGACUCCUCUAAGAGAGUUGAUGGAGGGUACGCCUUACCCUAUUGAGGACGUGAGGGAGGUCUGCAAUCAACAUGGACGUCGCGUGGUGCUCAAGAUCCGGCUGUCAGGUCAGAGAACAACAGAUGUUUACAUACCUGAACGUUUCACGCAGAUCUUGACCUCCAAAGACAUCCAAAAUUUUAAAAGUAAAUGCAAAUCAUUGUUACUGUUUGUGAAACAUAUUAAUCAGUACAUGACUGACAUAAACAUUGUUAAAAUGCAUAAAAUUUAAAUCAUGAUAAUUAUAUUACCAGUUAACAUUUUAUGAAUUUUAUUAUUACUUAUAAGUUAUUUUGUUAAUAAUCUUGUAACAAAUUUUCAGAUUUACUUUUAGGGUUUCAGUUAACAUUUUAUGAAUUUACGAUAUUAUUACUUUUAAAAUGAAAAUCAUUUAUUAAUGCAAAUAAUGCAAUUUGAUAAUGCAAAUCAUUGUUACUGUUUGUGAAACAUAUUAAUCAGUGCAUGACUGACAUAAACAUUGUUAAAAUGCAUAAAAUUUAAAUCAUGAUAAUUAUAUUACCAGUUAACAUUUUAUGAAUUUUAUUAUUACUUAUUUUGUUAAUAAUCUUGUAACAAAUUUUCAGAUUUACUUUUAGGGUUUCAGUUAACAUUUUAUGAAUUUACGAUAUUAUUACUUUUAAAAUGAAAAUCAUUUAUUAAUGCAAAUAAUGCAAUUUGAUAAUGCAAAUCAUU